GUCUGACCCAGCCGUGAUAGGAGAUAAACACAAGUGGUACUCACAGAGACUGCUGCCCAUCAGCUACAAGCUUCAUGAUCCCAGCUCGUCUCUGUGCAGCUGGGUUGGUGGGGGGGGGCGCCAUGGGGGACGAUGUGGGGGGCUCCCUGCCCACCGACGAUGACAGUGGCAGUGAGAGCGAUGGGGAUGAUGACUCCAGCUCCUCCUACUCCUCACUGGGCGACUUCGUCAACGACAUGAAACACGCUGACAUCACCGCUUCUCCUGUGCUGCGUCUCCCCCCUGCGGCUGUGGGGAGCCCUGUGGACGUGGAGUUCCAGGACUUCCAGGAGUACAGCCGGAGCGGCGGAGACACCGCGGGGACAACGGCGGACAAGGAGACACCGGGAGACGGCGCGGGGACAGGGGGAGACGCGGUGGAGUUGCCCAGCACAACCAACAUCAACAACCACCUUGCAGCCACAACAAUCACCACGACAACAACAACAACAACAAUCGAAGCCUCCAACGGCCCACGGCCACCAUCGGCACCACCAUCGGCACCACCAUCGCCACCGUCACCACCAUCGGCACCGUCACCAGCAACGGGGACGGUGCCCUGGGGGGUGACGUCGGCCGGGCUGCGUCCGGUGUUGCCGGCGGUGUUGCCGGCGGUGUUGCCGGGCCACCGCCACCCCGGCGCCACCGGCGCCACCGGCGUCACCGGCGUCGCCGGGGGCAACAACCCGUACUUUGAGCCGCAGUACGGCUUCCCGGGCGACGAGGAGUGUGGCGACGAGGGCGGCGAGGAGAGCUACACUCCCCCCCGGCCGCUGGCGCCCCCAGCGCCUGCUCGCCCGCCCGCUCACCCUCACCAACAACAACAACAGGCUCACCAACAACAGGCUCACCAACAGGCUCACCAACAGGCUCACCAACAACAGGCUCAGCAACACGCUCACCACGCCGCCAUCAGCGUCGCUACGCAGCCGCGUCGCUUGCUCGGCCGUGCAGGCGGUGAGGCGCUGCCCAUGAGCAGUGACUCUGAGGGGGAGGGGCCUCCCGGGGGGGAGGGGUCCCCCUUCCUCCGCGGAGGAGGGGAGGGGCUGAGGGGGACCGGAGGGGAGGGGCUAGGGGGGCUGUUCAACUUAGCCGCCAACACCCUCUACAAAGGUCCCAGCAGCAGCUUCAGCCUCUCCAACCUCGCUCUGGCAGGGCGGCCUGGCAGAGACAAAGCCUCCCCCUUUCCUAGCCUACGCGGAAGUAAGCGUGCUCUGGUCGACCAGAAGCCGUCUGUGAUCCGGCACAGCUCCACCGUCAAGAGAGAGUCCACCACUACCUCCACCUCAUCAUCAUCAUCCAAAACGUCCGAGGGCCAGCAGGUGGUGAAGGAAGCGCUAGCGGGCGUGCUGGAGGGCCAGGGCGUGGGCUGGUUCACCCUCAAGCGCUGUCGACGGCUCCUUGACUCCGAGCCCCUGCGCCUGCUGCUGCUGGGCAAGAUGAGCAGGAUGGGGCCUAGUGGAGAGGCCUCAUCCACUGUGCCUGACUCGGAGGUGACCAGGAAGGUGUACAAGGGCAUGCUGGACCUCUUGAAGUGCUGUGUCUCUGGCCUGGAGAGUUCUUAUGCCAGCUCAGGAGUUGGAGGAAUGUCCAGCGUCUUCACCCUGCUGGAGAUCGCCUACACACACUACUACAGCAAGGAGCCUGAGCGUAAGAAAAUGGUUGAAGCGACGACGCCAACAACCGGAGGCGGUGGAGGCGGUGGAGGCGGUGGAGGCGGUGGAGGCGGUGGAGGCGGUGGCGGUGGCGGUGGUGGUGGCUCGGAGUCAACUGCACAGCCGGCUCGCUCCAACAACCAGCAACAACCACCACAACAACCGCAAAAACAACAACAACAACCACAACAUCAACAUCCACAACAACAACAACAACCACAACAACAACCACAGCAACAACAACAACAACAACCGCCGCCAAAGAUACAACUCAGUAGAGUGCCGCCCAAGGGAACGUCCACGCAGCAACAACAACAACCACAACAACCACAACAACAACCACAACAACAACCACAACAACAACCACAACAGCAACCACAACCACAACAACAACUUGGGGGUCCGGUGGUGGGGGGGUCCCCGGUGGUAGGGGGGGGCCCCCCACGAGGGGUGGGGGGCCCGGCGGGUGGUGGAGCUGUGGGCGACUCACGCAGCCUCAACGAGGAGCACUUCGUGUCCUCCAUCGGCACAGAGGGAGGUGGUGGUGGUGGUGACGAUGGUGAGGAGGAGGAGGAGGUGGUGGUGAGGAAUCGCUCGGCCCUCAUCCACUCCAGCAGCCAGGAAUCGGUGAGCAGCACCGUGCUCUCCUCCAGCUCCGGGGAGACUCUGGGAGCUGACUCAGACUGCAGUAGCCAGGGAGGUCAAGGGGAGGGGCCUGUGGGGGGUCAAGGGGAGGGGCCUGUGGGGGGUCAAGGGGAGGGGCCUGUGGGGGUUCAACGGGAGGGGCCCGUGGGGGGUCAAGGGGUGGGGCCCGUGGGGGGGGGUCGAGUGGGGGCUGGGCCUGGCGGGGUCAUGACCCCCGGCUUCAGGUCGACCCUGUCGGACAGCGACCUCCACACUGGCACCCUGGUGUCUGCGAUGGAGCUGGGUGGAUCUGAGCUCCGUGACCGCGACGCCACCAGAGUCUACCUCUACGAGGGCCUUCUGGGUAAGGAACGCUCCACGCUAUGGGACCAGGCGGCCUUCUGGGAAUCGGCCUUCCUGGACGCCGUCUCUCAGGAGAGGGAGGCCCUCGGCAUGGACAGAGGCCUACGGGACAUGAUGGAGCGGUACUCGUCGCUAGGGGAGAGCGAGAGGAAGAGGCUGGAGGAGGAGGAGGACCACCUCCUGUCUGUGCUGCUACACAACAUGGUGGCAUUCAUGAACGUCAUGAAGGUGGAUGGCACAGACAUGAGGAGGAAAGUGCGCAGACUUCUGGGGAAAUCUCACGUGGGACUCACUCACUCCCAGCGCAUCAACGAGCUCCUGGACUCACUCACAGAGCCGAGUUCGCGCUGCGUGCGACUGAAACAACGACCCAGCCGUCAGCUGAAGAAGCAGACGUUUGUGGUGCAUUCUGGGACAGACACGGACGGGGACAUGUACUUCAUGGAGGUGUGCGAGGACUGCAUCGUGCUGCGGUCAGGCUUGGGCACGGCCUACGAGCGCUGGUGGUUUGAGAAGCUCAUCAACAUGACCUACUGCCCCAAGACUCGGGUGCUGUGCCUGUGGAGGAGACACGGGGCAGAGACGCAGCUCAACAAGUUCUAUACCAAGAAGUGCCGGGAGCUGUACUACUGUGUGAAGGAGAGCAUGGAGAGAGCCGCGGCACGACAGCACGGGAUCAAGCCUGGUCCGGAGCUGGGAGCAGAGUUCCCCGUUCAGGAUGCGCGCAGCGGGGAGGGAGGGCUGCUUCAGGUUACUCUCGAGGGCAUCAACCUCAAGUUCAUGCAGCGCCAAGUGUUUAUAGAAUUGAGUAGCAUCAGGAAGUGUAACACGGAUAAGGGUUUAUUCCUUCUGGAGGAAUACGUUUCUGAAACUAAAGAAGUGGUGAUUCACAAAUACAAGACCCCCAUGGCCCACGAGAUCUGCUACGCUGUGCUCUGCCUCUUCUCCUACGUGGCGGCCGUGAGGGGGCGGCAGCAGGGCGGGGGAGGGGCGGCUCCCGGGGGGUCGGAGGUCAAGGGCGGGGGAGGCCCCGCCCCCGGCCCCGCCCCCGGCCACGCCCCCCGGAAGUUGACGAGCCCCGACUGAUGCGUCCUGGGAACCCGCGGGCGCUGCCCCGCGGCAUUCUGGGUAACGAGAGGGAAGUUGUGAACCUUGGUGGGGGGU